CUCACCAGCUCCACCUCGCCGGUCCCGAGUCCAGCUAAUUAACUAGCUUCCGUCAUUCAUCAACAUGCGUCUAUUGGGCAUCUCGCGAGCUCCAGGCCACGUGCCGGCGCCGGGAUGCACCCACCGGGGGGCGGCCGCGCCCGGGGCUCGAACGAAUGCGGGGGGCCCUAGCCAGCCCCGGGGGGAGUCACGGGGAGCCCGAGGCGGCCGUGUUUAUUGGGAGAUCGGGGCGUUUUCACAGACAUGGACACUUGGGCCCGGAGGAGGCGAGGGGCACCCACUCGGCCACUCCGGCCGCACCGCGGGGUCUUGGCCCUCGCAGGGACGCAGGCCGACCACGGAGGGAAACGCUGGCGGGGACGUGCCUGCGGCGGAGGAGAUCCCGCGGUGCCGGCCGCGGGCCAAGGAGAGGCCGCCGCGCAGCGCGAGGCUUCUGGGAACUUGGCAGACACAGAUUAGAGAGACCCGCCGGCGAGCUUCGUUGUUGUCCUUCUGGGAUCUCGUUCCCAUGAGAGCAGAACCUCUGCGAAAGAAGAAGAAGGUAGAUCCUAAAAAAGACCAAGCAGUAAAGGACCGUUUGAAAAAGAGGAUCCGACGACUGGAAAAGGCUAGCCAGGAGCUAAUUCCCAUUGAAGAUUUUAUUACACCUGUGAAGUUCUUGGAUCAAGCACGACAGCGGCCUCACACAGAGCUCCCCUUUGAGGAAGGCGAGCGGAGAGCUCUGCUCCUGAAGAAGUGGUCCCUGUACAAGCAGCGAGAGCAUGAGAUGGAGAGGGACACCAUCAGGUCCAUGCUUGAGGCCCAGCAGGAAGCUCUGCAGGAGCUACAACUCAUGUCCCCAGAGCUCCAUGAGGAGGCCAUCAAGCGGGACCCCAGUCUGUUCCCCUUUGAGAGAGAAGGGCCAGAUUACACACCACCGGUCUCCAACUACCAGCCCCCUGAAGGCAGGUACCAGGACAUCACCAAGGUGUACACACAGGUGGAGUUCAAGAGAUAGAGCUGCAGGCAGCCGUCCACAGAACACAUUGCCCCUGAGAGCCAGACGGACCCAGGCUCCAGCCUGCCUGUCACAGAAUCAGGCAUGCUGUGAAUAAAUAUAAGUUUAAUCAA